UCUGGCAGGUGGGUCUCAAAAGUUUUUUAUUUUUGCUCGUUAGGAUUAAGAUGUUAUCAGGGCUUCCUCCAAAAACAGUACUCAAGUCCUUUACUUGGCAUAUAUCAAGCCUGGUUGAAUUGUCAUGCUGAAGGUUCAUUGUUGCUGUAACCAAGCUUCUUCCGAGGUUAUCGGAUGCCAUCUUAAUUUGGAUCUGACGUCAUCAAAGCUUGCGAUCCAUAUAUAGUCAUUCUGCUUGCUCUUUGUCCAAAAUGCCAGUUCACACAGCAUUCAACCGCAAUUUAUUUUUAUGCUCUAGUUAAGUUACCAUUAAAAUAUCUUGCGGGUAAAGUGUCCUGGGAAACUUUUUAUUGCAUCAAUGCUCAUUCGUAGCGAAUUCUUUUGACUUCAAUGUCAUCUGUUUCUUUAAGAACAAACUUAAAAAUUACCUCCAAACUCUGCACAGAAAGUUGCUAUUUACAUUAUGAUAUCUUUUGACAUGAUUGUUUUGUCUUUAAAUUAUUUCGGUAGAUGGGCGGGAUUUUCUUCAUGUUUUUAAAAGUGAAUAGACAUGUCUAUGUGAACAACGUGAAAAAGAAAGGGAUGGGUUAGUAGCUAGCCAAAAAAUGCCUAUAGGCUUUACAAAUGAAUAGCCUUUGCCUAUUCUUAACGAGUUUCUAAUCUAGAGUAAAACUAACCUCGGCACAAACGUUUACUUGCACGUUCAUUCCAAACUUACUGUGCUCUCUCAAAUUAUAUCUGUGUUCUUGAGCAUGUCACUUAAACUCCACGGUGUUGUUCCAUCAAUAGGUGUAGAAGUGUACACCAUUUAAGGACAUGUUAUUUGCUUUUUGUUGGAGUGAAAAAGUUUGGAUAAAGAUGUAAAAACAAAGAGAGUAUUUUAAUGAGGCAGCCUAAGUGGUAAAUUAUUGUACCUUAAUUGUGUUAUUAAUUGACCGUGAGACGCUCAAAUAUAACCUCUCGGUAGAUGAAUUAAAGACUUUAAUGUCUUCGACUUAGAAAAUCACACGAAGUAGACGACCUAAAGCGUAUGCUUGAUACGACUUAACACAUAAUGAAAAAGAUGUUGCCAGUAUUGGCAUUCUUGCUGCUAUCGACGGCUCAAGGUGGACCACCGCAAAUAACCAGCUUCACUGGACCGCCGGCUAAUCUGAUACCAUUCCAACUCGAAACUUUGACGUUGCAAUGUACAGCCACAGGGAACCCUGAGCCUGCAAUUGAUUUUCUGAGAAAUGGAACGAAACUUGUUGCAAGCACAACAACAUUGAUAAAUAGCAAUUCAAUAAGGAUUCGAAGAGUGGAUUACGCCAGAGACAGUGGUUUGUACCAGUGCAGAGCAAGAAACAAAGAUGGUGGAGUUCUCAGUGAUGAAAUCGAUAUAAAAAUUAGGGUUCUUGGCUUCUUUUCACAACCAAAUCGAGACAUAGAUCCAGUCAAGGUAGUUGACGUGACCGUGGGGCGUCCAGUGGAAUUACGGUGCCCUCCUCAUUCAUUCACUUCUCCAGCAAAUUUCCUUUGGGGUAGCAUACCUAAAGCUGGAACCCCUGUCAUCUUGCAUGCCACCAGUAGAAGAUAUGUCUUAUCCAACGGGAAUUUGUUUUAUUCGUAUUUGGAAGAGUCUGAUAUAACAGAAAUCAAUGACAAACUCGGAGGAGUGAGCUGUAUUUUGUAUAUACUUGGAAAGUACAGGCCUUCAGUUAAAUUCAGAUUGAAGAAACAAGGAGCCAUUGUAUCCGACUUCCAACCAGUCUUCAGAGAGAAACUUCCAACGUUAGUUCGAGCUGGAAUUGGUUCUUCGUAUACUUUUUUCUGUGCCGUAGGAGGAAAACCAAACCCUUCGAUCCUGUGGUAUUUCAACAACGUUGCUAUUCGAACCGAUACUCCUGGCAUAACAAUCAGUCCAGAGGGUCAAAAACUGACGCUUAAAACAAUCGCAAGAGCAAGUGCUGGCUUGUACCACUGUCAGGUUGAAAAUCGUCUUGGGAGAAUCAGAUCCGACUCGCGGCUUAGUGUUGAAUACCCUCCUGCAAGAAAUUUUAUACUUAACGAUGUUAAAUCACGACCUAAUGUUGACAUUAAACUGAAUUGCACUGCUUCGUCAGGAACCUUGCCAGUUUUCUACCAGUGGUUUCGAAAUGGCGAGAGAGUUUGGUCCAAUACUUCCUACCAAAUUUCAGCUGGGUUUUUGGUUGUCAAGAGUGCAAACGUUUCAACAAGUGGCGUUUUCCAAUGCAUGGCAAGGAAUCUAUUUGGCAGCCUCCUUUCAAAAGUUACUUUGGACAUAAAUGCAGGGUACAGCAGCCAAGGCGGAGAUGAAGGCUUUUCGUGGGAAGUUAUUGUUGCCAUCACCUGCGGAGGAGUUGCUUUUAUUGUACUCGUAACCGUGGGCACCUACUUCGCACUGAAAUAGUCAGGUGAUCCGGUGAUACUCCUUGGAAACAUUGCUUUUUUCAAGACGGCGCAGCAAUUCAGUUUUAAAGAGAGUAAUUAUGUUACAUUAGAAAGUGAAGAACCAUCUCUCACGAGUUAAAAACUGUAAAUAUUAUAUAGAGAUCUGUAGUGAUCCUGUUGUAGAGACCCCGAAAGCAAGGGACCCAAAAACAAACAUACAAUAAAUCACUUUGCUUCUAUCAGCAUGGCGACUGAGCACUGCACUUUUAAACCCUCUUAUCCUUUAAAUGCUCCGGGAUUUCGGUGUCCUUAAAGAGUUUUGUACUUUAGUAAUAUCUGCAAGUUUAGGAUUAUGUCGUUUAUAAGCUGCUAUUUCUGAUAUAUGCUUUCACUAAACGAUUUUUAUUAGUUUUAAUUCAAUUUCACCAUUUACUUGUAAUUUCUAUUCAGUUGGUUCGGAUUAUUGUUGGCUAUUAUCAUGCUACAUUUAAGUGCUAUAUUUAAACAUAUCUUCAAUAUAUCAUAUUCUUAUCGUUUAAAUUUUUUGUCGUUAUUCUUAAUAUUUUUAUACUAAGCUAACGUAUCAAGUUUUUGUAUUACCCAGCAGUAUGGUUCAAAGUUAAAGUUUUAGAUAUUAGCAGCAAAGCCCGCCAAACGAUUCCCUUGUACGUUGGAAAUUGUAAAAUUGACAACUCCAAGCUACAAACAGAACAAAUGUUUAUUCGUCUAAGAAUAAGGGUGUAGAGCUUAUUCUCAUACUUUUGCAACAGUAGUUAAUCAGACAAUUUCAGUUCAAUUUUUGUUUCAUCGACGUCAUUUCUUUGUUGCUUUCAAAACGAGUUCUUGAAAACCGGUUAUUUUCAAAUCCUUGUUUCUGUAUCAGUGCCAAGGUGUGUAAAGAUUUUAGU